AAAGCCAAGCCUCGCCAAGAGCCAGGUGAGAAUUUUAUCUUUGCCUACAGAGAAAAAGAAAAGCAACACCUUGAAAAUGCUAACUUCUUAAAGCUGUACAACCAGUAUCGCCACGUCUACGAGUGGCACCAACGCAAUGAACAAAGAUGGCAGCACAGGGCUGUGCAGAGAAAGGUGGACGCGACGAUGCAGGAGUAUCUGGCAGGGACUGAGGAGAGACGAGGGAGGCUUCGUGAGCUUCUGGAGGCAGAGGAAAGUAGGUACUUUGCUGAGAUGGAGACACUUGAAGAAACAGUGCUGGAGAAACAAGCAAAAAUGAGAGAACGGGCAAAGUUACUGAGAGAGAAGAGAGAGAAAGAGAGACAAGAGCUGGUGGCUGAAAAACGAGAGCAGCAAUUCAGACAACAAUGCGACGAGCUGCGUCUACAGCUGAUGAAGCAGCAUCAGAAGGAAUUGUGUGAAGACCGGCUGGCCCAGCUAGCUCUGAAGGAAGAAUUGAAAAAGCAACAGAAGAAGGAGGAGCAGAUGUUUGCAGAGCUUUGGGAAGAGGAUAGGUUGGCUAAGGAGAAGCGAGAGGUGGUGGAGAUGCAGAAGUCAGCAGAAAAGAAUCGGGAAAUCCUGGAUGUGCUGACCGCCCAGGUCGCGGUGCUCAGUGCUCACAAAGAGGAGGAGAAGCGGCUGAAGGAAGAAGAGGCUCGAUUACUGGAAGAACAGCAGCAACUGCUUAAGGUAGAAAAUGAACAACUUCAGAGAGAGAAACUACAGAAGCAGAAGGAACGCAGGGAUAUGUUGCUCAGUGCGGUACAGGACAAGAAGAAUCGUCUUAAUGAAGAAAAACAAGGUGAACUUGCCCUAGAGAUGAAGAUCUUGGAAAAAUUGCUUCAGGAACCCCAGGAAGACACUGAGGAGAAAACAAAAAGAAAACAAGAGCUGCUCAAGGAGCAACAGACUUACCUGGCACACCUGGCUCAGCAGCUGGAGCAGGAGAAACAGCGAGAAAAAAAAGCCAACGAGCUCCUCAAAGAAGAGAUGGCGAAGGUUUGGGCCAAGAAGGCUGAGCAACUACAAUUAGAAAAGGAGGCUCGAAAGCAGCUGCUGAAAGAUGUCCUGGACACAAGACAACUGCAGAUUGAGGAGAAGCUGCAGAGAAAUGCAAAGGAGCAGGAAGAACUCGCUCAAGAGAGGAAGUUAUUAGCUGAAGCAAUUGCAGAACUCAAACAUAUAGAAGAAGAAAAAUACGCAAGGAAAAUAAAGGAAGCAAAAGAAUACCAAGAGCAACUGAGGGCUCAAAUUGCCCACCGACAGCAGGCCCGUGAUGCUGCGGAAGAAGAGAAGCAGCGAGAAUAUGAAUCGGGUCUAGCAGAAGAGAAAGCUUACCAAGACAGGGUACAGGACAUUCUGUCAAGGCCUUGUGAGAAACUGACAAAAAUCCACCCUCUGAGAAGAAAACUGAUGUCUCACUCUCAGGAAGAGCACUUACUAUGA